UACCUUUCAAACGACAAAGAAGACACACGCGAUUCAUCCACCACCAAGAAAGAUAACACAAAAGAACUUCUGGACAUGGUGCUGGAAACCACCAGCGAGGAGGAACCUCUUGAAUGUGGCCAACGCACACCCGAAAACACCAGGCAUGGCCUCUCUGGUUACAAAAUACCGAAGAAAAAACAACAGUCCUCCGCCCCUCUCAGAAAGAGGUCCGAAAAAACACACUCCACCAGCCAGCACAAUAGUGGGACAUAUCAAGAGCAGAACAGCAAAUUGACUGCCCUUAUAUCCAACAGCCUGGCGAGUAGCUUCUACCACCAGGACAAAUCUGAAGAAUUUCAGAGACACGCAGAGAAAGGUCGAUAUCCGACUUUUCUCUACCCGGAGGUCAACGUCCGAUACAGAAACGAUUUCUCGUCGGAUUUACAAAAACAAGUGGCAGAGGCCUGUUGCACGUUCGCCAGGACCAUGUGCAACAUACUGGCCUCCCAUCACGAAUCAAUGAGGUCAUCGCAAGAUGAUCUCACACAAAACUACAUAAACAUGGCCAGAAAAAGAUAUCCCGGUGCAUACGCUGGUAUUGUAUCGGGGGCAGAAACCCUGGCCAUGGAUAAACACAUACGAUACAAAGGAACCAGAGAGGUCUCAACAACAGGCAAUAAGCGGAAACGCGAACGGCGUUGAACAAUUUUGAACUCAUAAUUAUACAUAUAACUUUAACAAUAUACAUAAAAAAAUUUUUUUAUCUUAUUUUACAACUAUACUAUCAAACCUCAUUUACAUUGUCUUCUAUUGUUCUCGCUGCAUACAGGAUCCGAGGGUACACGUAUAUUCACGAAUCAACAUACCAAAACACGCCUUAGAAAGAUCUUAGGCCAAAAUAGAAAACAUCGCGUGAAAGCGAAAACACAAAAAUCAUCAACACGCAAAUACCUUUUAAACAAAACACAACAAUCUCACAACGUGCGAUACAGCAAUAUUGUCAAUCUCAGUGAUUUGAAACUUAAUUCGUUACAAGAAAAGGUUUUAAACAAAGGCUUAAACUUCGUUGUCACACCGAAAAGUGUAAAUAUACAUACAACAUUACAAUCAUUUAAUGAAUUCAGAAGAAAAAUGCUCCUACAAGUCCACUUCAAGGACACCAAAAGUGAUACAACUGCCUCUCCAUUUAGGGGGAAAUCGAGUUGGGAACCUGAAUCUGUUCGAAACCCCAACAUUUACAAGUAUCUUGAUAACGUACACUCAGACAUUUUAAACCUAUACACACAAAACUACUACAACCCUCUAAAUAUUUCAAAAGAGGAGCAAGAGGCCAUUCGUAGCCUAAAACAAAUAGACAAUAUUUCAAUAAAAAAAGCCGACAAAGGAGGCAAAAUUGUACUAUGGCCUAAAGACAUGUAUUUACGCGAGGCCACAAAACAACUUGAUGAUGCAAACUUUUACAAAGAACAUCCAGUAGAUCAUACAAUCGAAACAUCCGCCGAGAUUACAACUUUUUUAACACAUCUCCUCCACAACUACCGUAUUGAUGAAACACUUUUCGAAUAUCUUACACCUAACACGAAGGUUCGAACACCGGUAUUCUAUUUGUUACCAAAAAUUCACAAGGAGGGCAUCCCAGGGAGGCCUAUACUGUCGGGUUGCGGCUCCCCUACGGAGAAACUCUCGUCAUAUCUUGAUCACUAUCUUAGACCGAUAGUCGAGGAAAGUGCCUCAUAUAUAAAAGACACCACUCAUUUUUUACAACAAAUAUUCGAAAUACACACUAGCAUUCCACCAAACUCGUGGCUGGUUACGCUAGACGUCAAAUCUCUAUACACCAACAUCCCCCAGGACGAGGGGAUCGAGGCAUGCCUCGAGGCCAUCCGGAAUUAUUAUGGGGACACCCCGCCAAUGCGUACAAGUUACAUCAAACAAAUGAUGGUAUUCAUACUUAAACACAACUAUUUUACCUUUAAUGGUAGAUUUUAUCAACAAAUUCAAGGCACUGCAAUGGGGAGCCCCUUCGCUCCCAACUAUGCCAACAUAUUUAUGACAACUAUAGAACAACAUAUUUUACAAAAUGCCCCAAUGGGGCGUACUCCAAUGUUUUGGAAAAGAUUCAUCGACGAUAUAAUUUUCAUUUGGCCACACACCCUUGAGGACCUACAAAAUUUUAUACAAUACACCAACACCGUCCACAAAACAAUAAAGUUUGAAGCAAAUUAUUCCAAUUCAAAUAUACACUUCUUGGAUACAACAAUAAACUUACACAAAGAGGGGGGAAUUACCACCUCACUCUACCAAAAACCAACAGACACUUGCAAUCUCUUACACGGUGAUUCCUUCCACCCAUGGAGUUGUAAAACUGGAAUCAUUUACAGCCAGGCCUUACGUUACAGAAGAGUGAUCACAAGUGACGAAGAGCUAUAUUCAAAAUUACAAGAAUUAAAAAACAACCUCAUCAUAAGGGGAUAUCAGAUCAAUGAUAUAAAUGAACAGUUCAAUAAGGUCAUUAGACUAUCGCAAUCGCAGCUACUUGAAUCUAAACAAAUAAAUGACGGCAGUUUCUCCACACCGAAAGGCUCUGUUUUACCCUUCAUUAUACCCUAUGACAACCGCACCAUUCACAUCCGUGAAAUUCUCAAAAAACACUGGAAUAUUAUAACAAAGGAUAAAGAAUUACAAAACAUAUGGUCAAAAACCCCCAUUCUCGCCUUACAAAGGCACAACAACCUUGGAGAUUGGUUAACUCAUACUAAAUUUUGAGCAUCAUAUGACAUUGUAAGAUACCUCGAUACCACACCAUCAACAUUACUAUUAUGUCACACCAGACUCCAAUGCUUUUUCUAUUCGCGAUUUAUCUGCAUAAACAAGAUAUCCCAAUUUUAUAACCAUUUGUCUAUAUAUGCAACAUACUUCUACAUUCAAAGGAUGAUACAUGCCUCUAUGGCUACAAUAUACAUAUUUUAUAUACACUGCUACAACAUAUUAACACACCUUUGCUGGCAUCAUCCCUGGACGCAGGGGUGAGGGGGCACCCAGGUGUAAAAGAGCAUACUGAUCAUAAGCCCCGAAAUGCUCUGCCUGGUGGAUUAGCUGAGGAGCUAGCAAGGACUCAUAAUCACAAAUUAUAUCAUACAGAUGUGUAUAUAUAUGUAUAGAUAUAUUGAUAUGUUUGUGUACAUAUAUAACACUCUGUAUGAAAGAGAAUAAACAGUAUAGAAUGCCUAUGCUGAAACACGCCCCUUUAAUGCGGGUACAGUACUUCAAUAGCAUACUGGCUCCCAGGUUUCGUUCGGCACAAGACUGUGGGACAGCGCCCGGUACAGCAGGGCUGCGGUUGGUAUUACACCAUUUUUUCUUAGUUUUCUGACAAGCUGAGCUUGUUAUUUGUAUGGUUUCAAACAAACGUUCUAUCUUUAUCGGGUCAGCGAAAAUCUGUUUCAAAUAGUCAUUGCAAAAGGCUUUGAGGGAAGCAUUCUGUGUGCCCAUUCUCUGCAGUUCGAGAAUAUUUGUACGAAAUAGUGUUUCUUUAGCGAUAUUGGCUCAGGCACCAAUUUAAUAGAACGCCAUUAGAGUGUUUUCAAAAGCCCAGUCAUGCCUCUUGUCCUGCUAUUGUUUACAAAGAAAGAAGAACAGCUUGCUUACAAACCUCUUCUAUUGUUCAGAUGCAGCACCUUGCCGAAAAGGUUCACAAUAAUCACAAUGUAAAGAUUUGCAAUUUCUGUUCACUAAUCUCAAACAUCUCUUUCUCUCCAUAUUUCCAACAUUCUCUUUCGAUGUCCCCUUCUGUUAGGUUCACUUUUGAAUUUACAAUACAUUACCAAUCUAUUAAUGGUCUUAAGGCGGGUUUACACGAUCGUUUUUCCUUAAAUUUUUUUUCGAUAUUGGACCUCGAUGAAUGACAACGAUCGUGUAAAAGGCUAAAUUGCUGAAAAAAGUUUGAUGCUAUCUGUGUCGUUUUUAAUCCGCUUAAUUGGCGAUAAUGAUCGCCGGGUCAAAAUAGAAUCUCUACCAUCAUUUUUUUUCAAAGGGGCCGACAAAUUCUGACGUCAUGUCAGCCCCGGGGAGAGAAUUUCGAGACUUUUUACUAAGUAUUCGCGCGAAGAAAAGAUUGGAUUCAUGCUCUGAGAACUAAAAUAGUCGGGGAAGGUAGUUAAAACGGGCAGGGGACUAUUUUUAGAUAAAAAGAGGUUCGGGUUUCACAAGUUUUCUUUGAGAAUGGCCCGUCAUUAGCUACACAUUAAAGGUUUUGAGCAACACAAAUAUAGAACAAUCCAUCCAAUAGACAAAAUGCAAAUUUAAAAAUUAUCUGGACCUCGCCGGGAGCAUAAAAAUGUUCUGCGAAUAUUUCCCUAAUUUUUUCGGCUUAAACUUUUGGCUUAUUACCCUUUAGUCUAGCGAGUAAAGGUUCCAGAAAAGAGCCAGUGUUACUCUCCCUCCAUCGCCCAUCAAUCACGUUGUCAUCCAGUCAUUUAGGCCCCGUUUACACGAUACCGUUUUCAUUUGAUAUCGGAUUCGGUUUCCCAAUCCGAUAUGCAAUUUCUCCCUGUUUACACGAUACCGUUUUCAUAUCAUAUCGGAUCGGGGCUCUGUCUACACGAAUACGUUUUGGGUGGGCGCUGCGGGAAUUUCGCCUUUAUUCUACAUUCUCUGCGCAGUAGCAUUUUGUUAUUUUGCCAAGGAAGCCACCUAGGCGCCAAAUCCGAAGCUUUCAGGGAACAAGUACUUUGCGAAAUUAUAACUAAACUAACUCAGUAUGGGGAAAGAGAAAGCCAAAGAAGAUAUUUUUACAUGGACUGAUCAGGAAAUCGAACUGUUACUGGAAACAGUAAAGGCUUAUUCUUCGCAAUGCUCAUACGAAGGAAAGGAUUGGGAAAGCAUCAAAUCAAAAUAUGACAAGAUAAAAGAAUUGUUUAUCGAAAGGUACCCAAAAGAAUCAGAGGAAGAAUUUCAAACAUCUUUGAAUAUUUUGUUUUUCAAAAAGGCGCCCAAUGUGCAAAUGAACACGAGACUGUUUCUGAUAAUGAGGCAUCGUUUUCAUUUCAUAUCGGAUUCGGCUGUUUACACAAAAACAGAGGCAUAUCGGAUUCAUUUGAAAACGCAUUCAGGUCGUUUUCAUUUGAAAACGCAAAAACGGUAUGAAGCAUAUCGGAUUCAUUCGUUCUCGUGUUAACAGAAGGCCAAUCCGAUAUCAAAUGAAUCCGAUAUCAAAUGAAAACGGUAUCGUGUAAACGGGGCCUUAAUGUGUAGCUAAGGACGGGCCAUUCUCAAAGAAAACUUGUGAAACCCGAACCUCUUUUCAUCUAAAAAUAGUCCCCUGCCCGUUUUAACUACCUUCCCCGACUAUUUUAGUUCUCAGAGCAUGAAUCCAAUCUUUUCUUCACGCCAAUACUUAGUAAAAAGUCUCGAAAUUCUCUCCCCGGGGCUGACAUGACGUCAGCAUUUGUCGGCCCCUUUGAAAAAAAAUGAUGGUAGAGAUUUUAUUUUGACCCGGAGUCAAAAUAAAAUCUUCAACGAUGGAUCAUUAUCGCCAAUUAAGCGGAUUAAAAACGACACAGAUAGCAUCAAACUUUUUUCAGCAAUUUAGCCUUUUACACGAUCGUUGUCAUUCAUCGCGGUCCAAUAUCGAAAAAAAGUUUAAGGAAAAACGAUGGUGUAAACCCGCCUUUACUCCAUUUCUGUCUGGCAGUUGCUUGAUGACGACCGGGCCUGCGCUGCUCCUCCACAGGACACCUGCCAAACGAGGCACCUUCAUCAUUAUUGAUUCCAGUGCCAUUCACAUUAUUGAUUGAUGAGUUAUCAUUAGAUAUUUACACUCACAAUGAGGUUGCUUUUGUCCGGGUUUUCCUUCCCUCGGGUGUUUUUAAUUUAACGUGACACCAUCACUAGGGGGGUUGCCAACCAAGGCUGAAGAGUCCCCCCUACCCAUGAGACAGACUAGUCCCCGCCGGACGCCAACCCGGUAUUUCAUGGCCUCGGGGAGAGCUAACAGGUGCUACGCCGUGGUCAACGGUGACCUGGAGGUAGUUGUGGCAAAGGGUAACUUUAUUCGCCCACAUCGAAGCUCCACAACCGGAUGCAAUUUAAAGUUACACACAGGACCAUAUUUAUUAUUAUUAUUACCCAGGACGAAGAAUACCCAGGACAAUAAUAAUAAAGUCAUACCCAGGACAUUAUUAUUGUUAUUAUUAUUAUCAUUAUUAUUAUUUUGUAUUCUUAUUCACAGUAUCGUUGUAAUUUUCUGGUUUACGUCCUACCAACAGGCUACUUCCCGUAGCUUUAGUAGAUAGGGUACUACAGUCCAAGUAAUCUUUUCUUGUUGUUAUCAUUUGUUCUUCUAUUUCGUGUCCAAAACUUUCCUUAGUAUUCUUGAUGUUCCCAGAAGGCAGGUCCUUUGCACUACUUCAAUCCAAACUUUGCACUUUAGUUGCUCUAGGUAAUUUUUGAAUCUUUUGGUCACUGAGCCUAACGCUCCGAUGAUAACUGGAAUGAUGAGAACUUUAUUGACUUCACCUUUAUAGACUUUGAAUAUCUCGUACUUCAGAUCGCAGUAAGCAUCUUUCUUUUCCAUUUCUUUUUUCUCAAUUCUGGUAUCGAAGGGACAUGCCACGUCUAUUAUAUAACAUGUUUUUGACUUUUUUUCAAUGACAACUAUAUCUGGCCUGUUAUGUUCGAUUUUAGACUCAGUUUGAAUGGAGAAGUCCCAUAGAAGUCUAAUUGCUUCAUUUUCUAGUACAGCAAUUGUGUUAUCUACAAAGUGAUCGUUGUUCUUUGAUCCGCAAGGAAAUCCAAACUUGUGGCACAGAUGCCAAUGUAUCACAGCAGCCACUUUAUCAUGAAGCCAUUUCUUGUACUCAUUUUGUGCCAGUUUUUUACACUCCGAGACAAUGUGGCUUAUAGUCUCAUCCCGCUCCCCGCACAUUCGAUACAUUGCGGAUCCUUGCCUUUUAUCUAUCAUAACCGAUAUCCAGUUUGUUCUAAGUGCAAUGGUUUUUCGCUAAACCUUUCUUUUCUGUUUUCAAUGAUCACUUUCUUCUUUUCCUCUGGGCUUUGUCUCUCUUUGAUGAUAUUGUCUUUGCGCACUUCUUUCAGUAGUUGUUCUUGCUUAGUAUUUAUAUAAUAUCCAAGGCUAUUCUCUUCUAUAGUGAUACAAUCCUCUAUACUAAUUAGCCCCGACCUCCUUCUUUUCUCUUCCAAUACAGUCUGUCUACAUCUUUCUGUGGGUGCAUGCACAGGUAUACAGUUAGCAGUUUUCGUGUUUCCUGUCCAUUUCUCGUAAGUCUUCCUUUGUCCAGUUUACAAUUCCUGCGCUAUAUCGCUCUGUUGCAACUGCCCAUGAAUUUAUUGACUCGAUUGUAUUCUUUCCAUUAAGACUUGCUUUUAGAACCUUUCUUACCCUCCUGAAGUAUUUUUUCUUGGUCAUUUGUUUCAUUUCGUUGUUCUUGAUAUCAUCACUUUGAAGAAUGCCGAGAUAUUUAUAUCCCUCACUUUGCUCCAAAGAUCUUAUCUCUGCUCCAUCUGGUUAUGCUAUGCCUGAACUUUCCACAAUAUGACCUCUUAUCAGCUUAACCAUUGCGCAUUUUUGGAUGCCGAAUUCCAUACCGAUAUCUUCACUAAAGAUUCUCACCGUCUGUACAAGUGUGUCAAGCUCUUUUUCAUUUUUUGCGUAUAGCUUCAGAUCAUCCAUAAAGAGAAGAUGAUUUAUCUUGCCACGGUCUAUUCCAAGCUUAUAUCCAUCUCCCAUUCCAUUCAACAAUGCAGAUAAUGGUAUCAAACAUAGAACAAACAAGAUUGGAGAUAAACUGUCUCCCUGAAAAAUCCCUCUCCUAAUAUUCACCAUUCCUAAUCCAUCUGUACCGGAUGUUAACUCUACCUUCCAGGAAUUCAUAGAAUUUGUUAUCAGUCGCCCAACGCUUUCAGAUAUCUUAAACAUUUGCAGACAUCGUUUGAUCCAGGAGUGGGGCACCAUAUCAUAUGCCUUCUUGUAGUCAAUCCAUGCAAGGCAUAGGUUUGUCAUUCUCCUUUUGCAGUUCUUGAUAACCAUUUUAUCGAUCAAAAGCUGGUCUUUAGUACCCCUACUAUUUCGCCUGCAACC